GUAUCUUUUCUUGGCAUGAUCCGUGGGGCAGCAAGUGUGGAUAGUGCAGCAGGGACCCCAGUGAGCAAUGGCCGGCUAGUGCCAGGAGCCUGCACCCAGGAGGCGCCAGCGCCACGUGCGUACUUCACAGAGACGUGGCUGUGGGACCUGGUGCCUGUGGGCGAGGGGGGCUCCAAAGACGUCCCAGUCUCGGUGCCCGACACCAUCACGGAGUGGAAAGCUGGGAUGUUUUGCACGGCGGAGGUGGGCUUUGGGCUCUCGCCCACGGUCACCUUCACGGCCGUCAAACCCUUCUUUGUGGAGCUGGCCUUGCCGUACUCCGUGAUCCGGGGAGAGGCCUUUGCCCUAAAGGCCACCGUCUUCAACUACCUGCAGCAGUGCAUCAAGGUGCAGCUGACGCUGGCGGAGUCUGCGCAGUUCCAACUGCAGGCGGGCGAGGACGACGCCUACACCAGCUGCCUCUGUGCAGACGAAGGGAAAACCUUCCAGUGGGAGGUGACGGCGAGCAGCCUGGGUGAGGGGCGCUGGGGGCUCU